GGGAGGGCGCUUGUGAAGCAGCAAAAGCUGUUCCGAGUCAGCAAUGUGAAGGAGACAGCAAUCCGCCAGGCAAUGCAGCAGGUGCUUGGUAAAGAGGACGUUGGCUUUUGGUCGAUGGAGCAGGAGCAGGCGCUGUGUAACGCCUUGGACCAAAAGCGC